GCAAAUAGUUGUUUGUGGAAUCCCACGGCAAGGCCAUCCCUUCAUGCGUCAGGAGUGUCGCCUCCGAUGAUGGGAUAUGUAGUCGACAUAUUCCCGUUGUGAGCGUAUAGCACCAUCCAAUGCAGUGUUAUCGUGUCUUGCCGCGCGUGGUCCACGUCGAUGGAUUCUUUGGACAUUCUCGGGGUCGUUGCAGUGUUCUGCAGAAGAACACUUUUGAAAUUUCGACGUUAGAAGCAAGCCAUGUUGGACGCAGUACUUGCGGAUGGGAUGGCAGAGAACUUCGCAACGUGCCGCGAAUCGGUGGCCCUCGCGACACAGCGCCUGUUCGACGACAUCACGGUCGCGGUGCAGGACUCGUCGUCCAGGAUGAGCAGGUUGACGCAACGUAGCAUCCAAGAUAGCGCCGUGGACGUGGAAGUGUCGACCUUGAACAAGUUUGUGUGCUUCGUUUGCGAUAAGGUGGACGUUCGGAACGUCGACGGGUUGGUCGCGCUGGCCCAAGCGUUUGUGUGGAACGACCCGGCAUUGGUCGACAACUUCAUCCACAAUGGCAAGAACGUCGUCGUGUAUGCGAAGGAGUCGUCCUGCUCGAAACCUCCAGCGUUAGAGCAAGUCAUCGCCGCCGCCAAGUCCACCCCGGCUCCUCCCCUCGCCAUCAGUCCGCCGACCACUGCACCAGAACAUGUCACCUUUGCUCACGUCCCGCGUUCUCCACCAUCCAGUCCCCAUGUUGUCGAAAUUGCACCCGACGUUCCAUCGAAGAAGCGUGCACUAAACGAAACCUCAUUUUCGGAAGACAAACUGCCGCCGUCUUCGAUGGACCCGCCGCCAUUCGCCAAGAAGCAGCGACCCAUGACAUCAGGUGUGUGGGAGCCCGUGGAUGGUGUAAUGAUUCAGCUGCCAUCCCAACCAGCAGCAGCGACAAGUUCAUCCCGUCGCAACUCCCAACGCGUGUUUGCAGUUGAUGACUCCACGUCGUUCACGGGCACGAUGCCGAAGUCCAAGCGAGAGGCCAUCGAUCGCAUCGCAGAUUUGGCUGGAGCCAAACCCGACGCGGACUGGAUCGUUGCCAAGGCUUUGGAACUGUACUCCAUGACCGUGCACCCAGAUUAUGCCCGCAAGAUCCUGUCCCGUCGUUAAACGUUGGACGACGUUCACGUAGUUGCGCCAAACACAUGAUUCCAUGUAAUACAUCGACAUGCAGGAUGCAUG